UCGGCUCGGCUGUCAUUGCGUAAUAUGGUGAAAUACUGUGGCUUAUGAUUGAUAAGUUUUCGUUAAGAUUGCGCUCAUUCAGAUAUUUUCUUUUUGCCACUUUUAUGUCGUUGCUGUUUGCAGCUGAUUGUGAGCAUUGUUUUCUUUUCGCAGGUGAAGUCAUUGAAGUGCCACAAAGGCGGUAAGACGUUAAGGCGAAAUUCUAAACGGACACUUUUUUGCCUACCACUGAUCACAAGAAUGGGUCCUCAACCCGAAAAAGGCGACACGACAUCCGGCGAAACAGAAUCCAGCCCGGUGCAUGAAUCUCCGAACUGGGAGAGCAUUUGCAGUUACUGUUCCUACAGUUUUGAUCUUGACAACGUGGAUGGCUCGGCGAAGAAAGUCGUGGAGAAUUUGCGGCCGGAUUUGGUGGAACAUCUUAAAAAAUCAUCGCUGAAAGUUCAGGAACUUAGCGGUGGAAUCAGUAACAGGCUGUUACUGGUGGAUCUUUUGUCGGACGUGAAUUUACCUAAGAAAGAGAGGGACAGGAUAUUGAUCCGUGUGUACGGAGAGGAAACGGAUAAAAUUAUUGACAGGCAAGCGGAAGUGCGAACACUGAUCACGCUGCAGGAGAACCAGUGUGCCGGUCGACUGUACGGUGUCUUCGACAACGGCAUGUGCUACGAGCAUGUUCCCGGCCAGACGCUCACUGCGGAUUCCAUUCGGGACCCUCAUAUCAGCAGGCUGAUUGUACGUGAAAUAGUCCGUCUUCAUUGUAUUUAUCAGCAACCAAAAGAUCAUCCCGCGGUGGACCUCUUUAGUAAAAUGGAGAAUAUGUAUGAACAGAUAUCUCGAGAGUGGGAAAACAAAGAUCAAGGUCGCAGGUUCAAGGAGUAUUUCACUCAUCCGGAACAAUUUCUUGCGGAAAUUAAGGAGAUUCGCGAGUAUAUCAAAUCACCUAAAGUAAAAUCGCCUAUUGUGUUCUGCCAUAAUGACCUUCUGUGUGGAAACAUUUUGUAUGAUAAGGAAGAAGAUCGCGUGCACUUCAUUGAUUUUGAAUAUGCCGGAUUGAACUACCAAGCGUAUGAUUUAGCCAAUUACUUCAAUGAAUUUGCUGGUGUCGAGGAUUGCUCUUACGAUCGGUUUCCUUCCAAAGAAUUUCAAAUUGAUUUUCUCAAGCAGUACUUAGAAAACUGGGAUAAGGCACAUAACCGUUCAGCCAACACACCCAUCAGUCCUGAUCGCAUCCAUGAACUCUACGUUAAUGUUAACAAAUUCACCGUCGUAUCGCAUUUAUUCUGGAUUUUAUGGGCGUGUUUUCAAGCUAAAAACUCCAAGAUCGAUUUCGAUUUUUUGGCGUAUGCCAGAAUCCGUUACGAUGAAUAUUUCACCAGGAAGCGGGAAUGGCUUUCGGAUUAAAGUCUUAGUCAAGAAGAAAGUUGUGGACAUUGCUGGGUGUUUUUGAUAUUGAGCUGUGCAGUCGCCAGCAUGACUCGGUGCGAAGAUUUUUUAUAAAUGCAGUAAUUUGUAGCCUAAUCCAGCUCUCCACCGGUGUAUGGAUAGGAACCACCUCUGAUAACAUCUCAUUAUUUCUACUUCGCCAGUUAAAGCUUUCUUGUUGUCAGCAAGUGCGAUUGUCCGAAUGUUCCUGACAUUUAGGAGACUCAUAUCAGUUUUUGCACUCAAUUACAGGUUGAUAAUACCGUUAGAAACGAAUAAAGAUUUGCAUAC